CUGAAUUGUUGGAAAAAUCAAGACUUUGUGACAUCCAUUUUGACAAAUGUGAUGUAUUGAAAGGAAUCACAGUUGGUAAGGACUUUUAUCCAUAUGACAGAUGGAGAUUGCUUCCCUCAGCAAUACCAAAACAUUUACUGGUAAAACAAAGUGCAGCUGCCAGUCGCACUCAAAGUCGCACACCUUUGAAAGACAUUUUUAGUGUGAACCACACAGGGAAUCAACCUACGAACUACUUUCCACCAAAAAACGUAAUAGUAAAGGAUCUACAUCAAUAUCACAGACUCCAGAAAACAAGAUAGCAAUGGAUGAAGAUGAAGAACAUUCUAUUGUAGGAUGUGCUAUCGAGAACACUCCAGAAAACAAGAUAGCAAUGGAUGAAGAUGAAGAACAUUCUAUUGUAGGAUGUGCUAUCGAGAACACUCCAGAAAACAAGAUAGCAAUGGAUGAAGAUGAAGAACAUUCUAUUGUAGGAUGUGCUAUCGAGAACACUCCAGAUAAUGAAGAAAAUCUCCGUGUUCUCGUUUCUUAUGAAGAAUGUCUCCUAAACAAGUUUAAAGCUUGCGAAAAAGAAGCAGCGCGAAUUCGUGAGUCCUUCAAGGAACAAUUGUUGGAGGAAUUAUCAGUCCGGUAUGUCGAUGUGAUGGACAAUCAAUCUAGUAAUGAUGAAGUGAAACAUGAAAUGCUUUAUGAUAUGUGUGGUUAUCUCGUGAAAACUCGUGAUUCUGUAUGGAUACAUUGCCCUAACUGCAAGAAAGGCCUUAUUACGAAGUAUGAGGAUUUGCCUUCAACUUUCUUGUCUGCUGACUACACUGCCGAUCGGAAUCAUGGCGGUCUAACCUUUGUUACUGUAAAUUUUUUUAAAAUAAUUCAACUGGUGGAAAAUGUGAUGAGCAAUUUUUUCGACAACGAUAGUCAUGUCUACAUAUCUAAUUGCUAUGAAACUGUGAUGUCAGAAAUAUGUAAAUUGAAACUGUUAAAUGUCUUUUGUUUUGAACACGAAGAGUCGCUGCCAUAUAUAAUUCUGCAAUAUGUUCACAUACGAUUUCAUACAGAGUCAAAACGAUUUCGUAAUUUUUACCUCUCCAAAGAAAGAACGCAGAUGAAAACGAAUAAAAAAAUGUCAAGAACUUCUAUUCACGCAAAAAAUACAUUGCCAAAACCAGAAGUUAACAUCAAUACAAAGGUUUAAACAAA